AGAAAAUAACAUAAAAAGGACGAAGGAGAGACUUAGAAAAGUGAGACAUUGUUUAGUUGUUUGUUCUGUAGACUGUUUGUUUGUAUUGUUUUGUGGUUUCUCUUCUCAAUCCAACAAACACACAUCAUAGAAUAGAUCUAUCUACAAAUCUAAGACUACUACAAAACUCACAAAAAACAGAACACAGCACUUGAGUUUAGUAUAACCAAAAAAAUGAAAUCAUAUUUCAAUGUUUCUUCUUUUUCUUCUUCUUUCAUUCUUGUUCUUGUCACAACAAUAUUAGUCUUUUUUACAUCUGUCAAAUGUGAAGACCCUUAUAGGUUCUUCACUUGGAAAGUUACCUAUGGUGACAUUUAUCCUCUUGGUGUUAAACAACAGGGGAUCUUGAUUAAUGGACAGUUUCCAGGUCCUCAAAUUGAUGCUGUUACCAAUGAAAACUUGAUUAUCAGUGUCUAUAACUACCUCACUGAACCAUUCCUUAUUUCUUGGAAUGGCAUACAGCACAGGAGGAAUUCAUGGCAGGAUGGAGUUGCUGGGACAAACUGUCCGAUCCCGCCCAGGAAGAACUUCACAUACACUCUUCAGGUUAAAGACCAGAUUGGUAGCUAUUUCUACUUUCCAUCACUUGGAAUGCAUAAAGCUGCCGGUGCAUUUGGUAGCAUCAGAAUUUGGAGCCGCCCUGGUAUUCCUGUCCCUUUUCCUCCUCCUGCAGGAGACUUUACCUUACUUGCUGGUGAUUGGUCCAAGCUAGGCCACCGUAGACUGAGACGAGUCCUCGAGAAUGGUCACAAUCUCCCCUUCCCCGACGGUCUUCUUAUCAAUGGCCGUGGUUGGAACGGAAACACAUUCACUGUCGAUCAAGGUAAGACAUAUAGAUUCAGGAUAUCAAAUGUCGGGCUAUCAACAUCCAUCAACUUCAGAAUCCAAGGGCACACAUUGAAACUUGUGGAAGUAGAAGGAUCACAUACCCUCCAAAACACCUAUUCUUCACUUGACAUCCAUUUAGGACAGACCUAUUCUGUGCUGGUCACAGCUAACCAGCCUGUCAAGGAUUACUAUGUAGUUGUCUCUACGCGAUUCACCAGAAGGGUACUCACAACAACUUCCAUUCUUCAUUACAGCUAUUCACGCAUCGGGGUAUCUGGUCCUGCUCCUCCGGGACCUACUCUUGAUAUUACCUCAUCUGUCUUUCAAGCCAGAACUAUCCGGUGGAACCUAACAGCAAGUGGUCCAAGACCAAACCCUCAAGGAUCUUACCACUAUGGAUUGAUCAAGCCAACUCGAACCAUCAUGCUUGCAAACUCUGCUCCUUAUAUCAAUGGCAAGCAGAGGUAUGCUGUCAACAGUGUAUCCUAUCUUGAGCCAGACACCCCGUUGAAACUUGCUGACUAUUUCAACAUUCCCGGAGUUUUCUAUGUUGGAGGAAUUCCUACCUCACCUACCGGAGGCAAUGCAUAUCUCCAAACUGCUGUAAUGGGUGCUAAUUUCCAUGAAUAUGUGGAGAUUGUGUUCCAAAAUUGGGAGGCUUCUGUGCAGUCGUGGCACAUUGACGGCUAUGCCUUCUUCGUUGUAGGGUUCGGUAGUGGGCAAUGGACACCUGAUAGUAGAGGACGCUACAAUCUGCGGGACACUGUUGCUAGAACUACUACUCAGGUUUAUCCAAAGUCAUGGACCGCAAUAUACGUUGCACUUGACAAUGUUGGAAUGUGGAAUAUAAGGUCUGAGAAUUGGGAAAGACAGUACUUAGGACAACAAUUCUAUCUUAGGGUAUAUACACCUUCAAAAUCAUUGAGAGAUGAAUAUCCAGUCCCGAAGAAUGCUCUUCUUUGUGGCCGAGCAAGUGGUCGUGUCACAAGGCCAUUCUAGUUUAAUUAGGAUAGUAUAACAUAAUGUCACGAGAGGGUGGCAUAAUGUUCAUAUCUAUAUGAAUUGAAUAUGAUAUGAUGAUUGAUGAGGACUUAUUCUAUAUUGAGCGAGUAUACGCAACGCAAGCGGGAAAUUUGUUAUUCAAAUCUAGCUCACCUUGAGCUUCCACUGUUAGUCUCAUUUUUUCAAAACAGAUGAAUGAUGAAGUAUCUACAUAUGUACUAGUAUUAAGUAUGAAUGUCAUAAUUUUUUUUCAAGUAUUAGUAAUAAGGUUAGUUUAUUUUGUACUCUUUAUAAUAAAAAAUUUACAUUGGUGGUUGAUGAGUAAA